GACAAAGCCAUGUAUCCCUGGCUGCUCCUCGCGUUACUGGGUGUCUGUUCAGCAAUUGGGCCCAGUAAACAGGAAGAAGAGGACUAUGAAGAGGUACCCAUAAAUAAGACCUGGAUCUUAUCACCAAAGGUCUAUGAGAGUGAUGUCACUUUGAUCCUAAAUAAACUGCUGCAAGGAUAUGACAACAAACUACGGCCUGACAUUGGAGUGAGACCAACAGUGAUUGAAACAGCUGUGUAUGUCAACAGCAUUGGACCAGUGGAUCCUAUCAACAUGGAAUACACAAUCGACAUCUUCUUUGCCCAGACAUGGUAUGAUAGCCGUCUGAAGUUCAAUAGCUCAAUGAAGCUGCUCAUGCUCAACAGUAACAUGGUAGGCAAAAUCUGGAUUCCUGACACAUUCUUCCGGAAUUCCCGAAAAUCAAAUGCCCACUGGAUCACUACUCCCAACCGCCUGCUCAGGUUGUGGAGCAAUGGGAGAGUCAUGUACACACUGAGGUUGACUAUUAAUGCGGAGUGUUACCUUAAGCUGCAUAACUUUCCAAUGGAUGAGCACUCGUGUCCACUGGAGUUUUCAAGCUAUGGUUAUCCCAAAAAUGAAAUCAUGUAUCGGUGGCAGAGACGGGCAGUGGAGGUGGCGGACCAGCGGUACUGGAGACUCUACCAGUUUGCCUUUGUAGGCCUGAGGAACACCUCUGAUGUGGCACACACUCAGUCAGGGGAAUAUGUAAUCAUGACAAUCUUCUUUGACCUGAGCCGGAGGAUGGGUUACUUCACCAUCCAGACCUACAUUCCCUGCAGCAUGAUUGUGGUUUUAUCCUGGGUCUCCUUCUGGAUUAACAAGGAUGCUGUCCCAGCCCGGACUUCUCUAGGCAUCACCACAGUGCUUACCAUGACCACUCUGAGCACCAUCUCCAGGAAAUCCCUACCAAAGGUUUCCUACAUCACUGCCAUGGACCUUUUUGUCUCCGUCUGCUUCAUCUUCACCUUUGCAGCUCUCAUGGAGUACGGCACUUUGCACUACUUCACCAGCAACAGACAGACAAAGAAGGCUAAAGCCAGCAUGAACACACAGCAAAAAGCAUCAAGCAUGGUGAAUAUCCGGCCCGGCACGUCGCUGUUGCAGAUGAACAACAUUGUACCGUAUCACGAGGAAGACGAUUACACUUACGAGUGUUUAGAUGGCAAAGACUGCGCCAGCUUCUUCUGCUGCUUCGACGAUUGCCGUUCAGGUGCUUGGCGUGAAAACAGGAUGCAUGUGCGAGUUUCCAAGAUUGAUUCUUACUCACGAAUAUUCUUUCCCACUGCCUUUGGUCUUUUCAAUCUGGUUUAUUGGAUAGGUUAUCUGUAUUUAUAAAACUAGGACCUCAAGGGACAGCCGGAGUUUAACAUGUGCAAGCAUUUCACAGAGACAGAGCUGCUUUCAUACAGUUAGAAAUAGGUUCUCGUUAGCAAGCAGAUUAUAAACAUUUAAAAACAAAACAAUCUCAUUUUGAUGCCUCACUGCUACCAGCCGUCAGAUUGCAGCAAGGCAGUGCAAACUAGCAGAAGUGGUUACUGCAGUGUAGCCUGAUCCAGUGCAGGAGCAGGAAAACACAAGAUUAUAACCCUGAGAUUUAUGAUUCAUGUUUGCACAGCUUGAACUCAGAGAGGAGUUUGCAUCACAGUUUUAAUAUAGCUUGCUUGUUCCUUGCCACUGUGCUACUGACAUUGUUAUGAAGCAGCUAUUUUUUAUUAGAUUUUUUAUUUUAAGAAAGGCCAAUAAUGCUUGUGAACCAAAUUAGCAGCGACACAAAUCUAGGCCUACUGCUCAUCACAACGCAAGCACGGAUCUGUAAGUAGAUGAAAAGCUGUUAUUAUCUAAGCAGCACCUCAGCAUGAUGAUCAGAGAGCUCAAACUGGAGCAGCUUCUGCUCACAAUACAAUAAAUUUAUAGUUAUCAUGAGAAAUGAUGAAUGGGUGUUUGUACAGUGGCCAGAUUUUAUAUUGUAAACUCACUAAAGAUGAUCAAAUUUAUGGACAGCAGUUCUCAGUUAGAUGUAUUUCCUUUUAAAUAAAACAGUUUGACUUUUGCCACAUGAUGAACAAUCUAAAAGAAAAUGCAAACUGAAAUGCUUUCAGUCAUAUUCUCUUAGUAUGAGAACACUUUCAGUCACGUUUUAAUGGCAGCUGUCCAGAUAAUGUAAACAGAUUUACAUAUACUAGAGUCUGACUUCAGGCUUGCUUUGUUUCAUAAAUCUUGUAGCUUUCUGUUUUUGCACCCAGGUGGAAACUACUGUGUAGCCUGUUUGUCAGCAUUUCAAUCACACCCGUGGGAAUUUGGAGCUCUUGGGUUUCAGUCUGUUGUUACUGUUUAGGGUUCAGUACAAAUCAACGUUAGGGCUACGUCUGAAAUCAGUCACAGAUGGGGGUGCUGUGCAGUGAGGUCCUCAUUUUGUAGAUCUGUCUGAAUGUAUAAUGUUGCUGAGCCCCACAGAGUGCCCUCCAACUAUCCCAGAAUGAAGAGUAGUUAUCCUCAGUGAGCUCGAGCACUUCCCUCCAUCAUGCUCAGCACCAAAGGAACAACGUCAGAGGGAAAAGAGACAUUUGUAUUUAUUAAUUUGUUAAAAUAUGCAAACAUUAAUACAUUCUAAUAUGCAUGUCAGUAUUUAUUUAGCCAAAGCUGACCUGUCAUGUUUCAUUGUAAAGUGUCUGAACGUGUGGUUUCAUUUGGCCGUGACCUCACCGCUUCUUCACGAAGUCUGUAAGCAGAGCAGGAUCAUAAAGAUCAUAAAUGAACGAGGGAUUCGUCACUCGUAGAUUUGCAGGUGCAGUGGGAUUUAUGACGUUCUCACUGAGCUGAGGUGGAAGUUGAUUGAAGAUUCAGUGUUAACGAUUUAUUUGUUCAUUAAAUGUUGCUAAAUUGAUCAAACAGGGACUCGCCCGACAUCGACAUCCACACAAACAGCUCUGUAGUUUUCAUUUGGGACAAUAAUGUAAAUGAUAAACUUUCAGUACUGAGCAAGUUUUUCAUUAUUGCAGUGUACGUAAACCAUGAGUGGCAGAGUUGGGACUGGGUAAUCUCUUUGUGUUUAACAUGUGCACAUCUGAAGUAAUGAAUGAGUCGACACCUCCUAAAUAUCCUCGUUAACUAGCAACAUAGUGUGUGUCCACACAGAACUGAUAAAGAGUCAUUUGCAUUGUUCAAAAAAUAAAUGAACAAAAAUGAACCAAAGUCAGUUUUACUUAAAAUGAGUUCUUAUGUUCUGAAAUACAAACUUUGAGAUAGUGCGGAGGGUCAGGACGUUUCUGAGAUACACCAAAGAAACAUUAAAUACAGUUUAGUAGCAUCGCAUCUAUGAAUCAGUUUUAACUGCAUCAGAGACUGGGGCGGGUGUAACCCUGUCCCUCUCUGUCACUGAGUCUCCCCAUCACAGCAGUCUUAACCCUUAUGACAGCAUGUCCUUGUUGCCAUAGUGCAGGUGCUCCCACAGAGUUCAGUAUUUGGCAAACAAAGAGGAUGGUCCUGAGGACGCCAUAAACGACUUAUUCUCCACUGUUUGGGAGACAGAAUCUGUGCAGACAUGGACCAUGUAGUUAUUGUUCUUUCACUGAGCUAACCACAUUAAAUAUGAACUGAAUAUUAGUAAUGCAUAGGUGGAAGCUAUAUACUCACAGGCCACUUUAUUUGGUACACCUAUUCAACUGCUCACUAAUGCAGAUAUCUAAGCAGCCGAUCACAUGACAGCAGCUCAGUGCAUUAGUGUUGUAGACAUGGUCACGAUGACCUGCUGGGGUUCAAACCAAGAAAGAAAGCUGAUUGGAGUCACUUUGAAUGUGGCACAGCUGCUGAUGUCAGAAGGGCUGGUUUGAGUAUUUCAGAAUAUUUUCCCACACAACCAUCUCUCAGGUUUACAGGGGAUGGCCUGAAAAAGAGAAAAAACUCAGUGAACAGCAGGGACCUGGGGAAAAUGUCCGGAUGGUGCCAGAGGUCAGAAGGGAGUGGCCAGAUUGCUUCAUGCUGACAGGAAGGCAGCAGUAACUCAAACCGCCAUUUGUUAACCAAGAGAGCAUCUCUGGAUGCACAGCAUGCCGAACCUUGAAGGAGAUGAGCUGCAGCAGCAGAAGAACAGUGGUGCCCCUCCUGAUAGAGACCAGGAAGCUGAUGGGUUACUGAGGUUCACUGGGAACGUGAUGCCUGUCUUGAUUUCUGCUGCAACCUUCAGAUGGUAGUAGCAGAAAGUUGGCGUAACCACAGAAGCAUGAAUCCAUCCUGCCUCGUACCACCAUCAGGCUCGUGAUGAUGAUGUAAUGGUGUGGAGGAUAUUUUCUUGGAACACUUUUGGCCCCUUAGUCCUAAAUGAGCAGAGUUUUGACACCACAGGAUACUCAAGCAUUUUUCCUGAAGCAUGUCCAUUCCCCUUUUUUAGAAACAUGAUUUGAUGGCACAGUGACGCCCAGACAGGAAAACACAGAGAGAGGGUGUAGGGUCAAUUCAAUUCAAUUCCAUUCCAUUCCAUUCCAUUCCAUUCCAUUCCAUUCCAUU